AUUCAUAUGCAAUUGCUAUAGCAGCAACUACUAUAGUUAAUAUUAAUAUAAUUGAUAUUCAUGAUGAUGAUAUUGAAGAUGAUUUAAGAGAUACAUAUCUUGAGUUAGCUUUUUUAUUAUCAGACACAGAUUCUUUAAAUAGUUAUGAUUUAGGAAUAUAUAACAAAUUUUAUACUGGUGUUACUAAAGCAGAAAUCUUGGAUGUUUUAUACCUAGUUAAUUUACAGAAAAAUCACAAAUGUUAUAGUAAUCAAAAUAUGGAGCAAAAGACUACUUGUAAAAUUCAAAAUCUUAAUUAUAUGAAUUCUGUUUCCUUAAAUACGAUUAGUAAUCUAAUUACAAGUUACAUAUCAAAUCUGGAAAUAUUACAAACUGAGAAAUUACAUAAAAUUCAGUAG